CUGCUAACUAAGUCUCGUCCUGAUAGAAACUACAACCUGAAAUUAAGACAACAGCCGAAGCAUUCGCGGAUGUGUGGGUUUGGGGAGAAAGUUGACCGGCGUCCUCUGGACCCACCGCCGAUCAUUCAACUCGAGAUCCAGAAUACAUCCUUUACGGACGAGAACUCGUACCUUUACAAUCCAUACUAUUUCAUGUACGCGUCGCUUAUUUCCCCUGAAAGCGAGGAGGAACUUCAUCUACUCCGCGACGGCAAAACGCGAUCGACAACGGGUUCCAUCGUGUCAUCGUUGUACCGGCUGAAGGAUUUGGACAAUAAGGACGGUGCUUUUUUUGUCUUCCCCGACUUGUCAGUCCGCAUGGAAGGGACGUACCGCCUGAAGUUCUCUCUGUUCGAAAUCAUCAACACCGAGAUCUAUCACUGCUCCUCCAUUUGCUCUGACGUCUUCAACGUAUAUCCAGCGAAGAAGUUUCCUGGAAUGGAAGAGUCCACCUUCUUGUCGAGGACGUUUGCCGAGCAAGGUUUGAAGAUUAGGAUCAGGAAGGAGCUGAGGAUGAGAAAGGGUCGCGGGAAAAAAGGAGCCAAUGAUGAGUACGACAGCGGUGAUAAUGCAAACAAGAAGCGCAGCCGCAAGAAGAGCCGCCGUGGAAGUGCUGACCGCAGUGACAAAGAUUCUGAGUCCGGAUACUCUGACGAGGGUCGUUCUGAUGCCGCGCAAAAGAGACGCACUGGAGCCAAGGCAUCAACGGUAGUCUGAUGUCAUUCAAAGCAGAGGGAGAUCCGUAACUCUGCAAUCUCAUAUACUCUUCGUUUUGUUCCAGGACGCCGGUGAUAAGAGUGGUGCCAACCAACAAAUGUACCCUGGGUACGAUCGCGGCUAUGACCCGAACCGACCGAUGGGCCCUAUGGGACAUCAUGACCCGCGCCAUUACCAUAUGCCGCACGAUGCUUCCCAUCCCUAUCCGCAUCCCUACGGGCCCAUGUCGGGAAUGCCACCUAAAGUUUGGCACGGCCAUGGAGAUCCUUAUCAGUCGUCAAUGCCGCCUCACGGAUAUCCACCUCUGCCGCACUACGAUCCCAACGUCCCGUACCCUCAAGGUCCUCCUGGUCAUCACGGUGCCCCUGAUCAAGAUGGAG